AUGAUUGAGAUUAUAGCUGCCUACCUCCCGGUUAAGGAUGCGCUUAAUCUCCGCCGUGUGUCAAGGGCAUUUGUCCCUUUAUUCUCAAGCCAAAGAUUCUGGGCUAAAAGAUUCAGUAUUGGUGGCAAUCGAGGGUUUUUUUUCGAGGCAUAUGAGACUCAGGCACCUGAGCCCCGAGACUGGCGAUCUCUAUACCACUUGACAAACCGGGCCCAUCUCUCUCCCGCGCUUAGAAACAGGGAGCGAGUCUGGCUUUUAAAUCGGUCCCUCGCGAAGAAAUUGGCUCUGAAGUGGAACGACUGGUCUUCUCUACGGCCUAUUCCUCGGAAGCUGCCUGGAUGCCGUUGGGAGGAGGUCCAUGAAGGUCUUCUUUCUAACGGGCAAUAUAUAUUACGAGGUCACGAGGGUCUGAGAUACCAUAAACAAGAGACUUCGAUGCCCUCUUGCCUUUCGAGAAUUGGUGUCUCCAUCAUCCGUGAUGGGAAGACGAGCUAUGUGGCAGGUAUACAUAUUAUUGCUGAUGACGGGCUGGAGAUUCAUCUGGGGUAUACUGCGCGGGCAAACAUUGUUUUCACGGAUGUCAGCCACGUAAAAGGAACCAUACCUUCCAUUGGACCCAAUGGCAUUCAUGCACUGCAGAUUCUCGGAUGUCCAGACGAGGGCGCACGAACAAACCGGCUUGUUUUCAAGAAUCCGAUAGCCGCUUUGAGUGCUGGGUUUGAUGGAUAUAAGAUGGUUUGUCUCGCCAUCUGUGGCAAGAAAAAGAAUCUUACAGGGAGAUUGAGACAAUAUAACCGACUCCUCAAUGACUCUCUAUGGUUACCCUGUGUUCCUGACCCCGAUGUGUAUCUUAACGAGACUUCAUUCAUGAGCUAUUAUGCCAGCAAGAAUGAAUUUAAGCCGAUGUGCUGGAUCAAGUUCGGAGGACAUGGUGGUUCUUACCUUCGGUCUUUGACCGGAGUCUCUGUGGUUCUCGACUCCUGCAAGCCAGUUAGUAUUGAAUUCGACUAUGCGGAUGAAAAUAUCCCGCUCGAAUGCCGGAGGCUCUUUCGAUAUAGACACAAGAAGAAGAUGCGGACCGUGAAGUUUGCCAUCGAUGGGCCAGGAGGUGAAUUAUCGAGAGAAUAUACGUUGCCCGGGAUAGUGUAA